GAACAGGGAGCGUCGGCUGCGUCGAGGUUAAGUCAAGUCGGGGUGUGAAGGGCGAGGGUGAGACUGGUGAGAGGCUGGGUGAGAGGUGUGAGCAAGGUGACAACGUCUUGAGAGACUCGCAAUGGGACGUGGGAGAAGUCACCUUCCACAACGGUGAGGACUUUCCUACAAGAAGAUCUGAGAGAGCUCCUGACCGGUGUAAGCGCACCUCCUUCAGGCUUACUCAACUCUUCAAUGCAAGACGUUCCACAAGCACACUUUCCUAUUGGCAGGCCCUAGAAGCGUUCCUUUCUGGUUGCCAAAGUAUUUUCAAGCAGGACGCCCAAUGGCUUCUAUGAACACCCGCACAACUACUCGAGGAGGGCAAAGUGGACGGGGUCGGGGAGAAAGAGGAGGACGAGGGGGACGAGGUGGUGGUGCGGGUGGCAACCGCCGAGAACCAGACUCGUCUGAAGUCCGCACAUCCAAAGCCUUAUCGUACGUCCUUCGCCACGGAGCCGAGAAGGACGGAAUUCCCAUGAGAUCCGACGGCUAUGUUUUGUUCACCGAUCUGGUCAAGCACCCCCGCCUCCGGACCGUCACUCUCUCGACACUGCAAAGCGUAGUAUCGUCCAAUGACAAGCAGCGUUUCAAGCUCAUAGAAGAGCCUCAUCCGACACUACCGUCACAAACCGUCUAUCUCAUCCGUGCAAACCAAGGUCACUCCCUCACCACCGCCGAAGUCCAGCUGACACCGAUAACCGAGGCCUCGCAGGCGCCUGUCGUGAUCCAUGGGACGUACAAGAACGUCUAUCCGAUCAUAGCAAAGGAAGGGCUGAAGCCGAUGAGCAGGCAGCAUAUUCACUUUGCCGCUGGUAUGCCGGGAGGAGGAGGCGUCAUCAGUGGGAUGAGAAGCUCCUGCGAUGUCGUGAUCUAUCUGGAUUUGCAGAAGGCGUUGGACGCUGGGGUCGAGUUUUGGAGGAGCGAGAAUGGUGUGAUUUUGAGUAAAGGGGACAAGACUGGGGUCAUUCGGCCUGAAUUCUUUAAGGAGGUUGUCAUGCGGUAGGAGCCUUCCGAUCAGAACCGCGGCAAGCCGACAAUCUCUCCAAUGUGGAAAGCGUGUCGGGAUGACUAAAUGGAUGACAAUCGUCUCAGACGCAGGAGAUACCGAGAUGACUUUAGUCAAUACAGCGCCAGCGCCGCCGAAGCGCGAUAGUCCCGCUAGCCUCUCUCUUGCGGAGGAAAUAUAUUUC